AUGAAAUUUGAAACUAAUGAAAAGGGAGAAUUUAAGAGAACGUCCAGUUCUUUUCGUGAUGUUAUUGAAAAGGGAGGUAAAUUUCCCCCUGAAAUCGGAAGAUAUCACUUGUAUGUUUCCUAUGCCUGCCCUUGGGCCCAUAGAACAUUAAUCACACGGGUUUUAAAAGGACUAACAGGUAUCAUAACUAUUUCUGUGGUUCAUUGGAAAAUGGAUGAUAAGGGCUGGCGAUUUGCGACUUCUAACAGUGAGUUUCCAGGUGCAACAGUCGACAAUUUGUAUGGUUUUAAAAGACUAAGUGAAAUAUAUUUCAAGGCAGACCCACAUUAUAAUGGAAGGUUCACUGUUCCUGUUCUAUGGGACAAGAAACUCGAGACUAUUGUGAACAAUGAAUCAUCAGAAAUCAUCAGAAUUUUGAAUACUGCAUUUAAUGACCUGAUUGAUACCGAGCAUUCCAAAAUUGAUAUUUAUCCUGAGGAUCUACAUUCUGAAAUCGAUAGUCUCAACUCAUGGAUUUAUGAUAACGUUAAUAAUGGCGUGUACAAGGCAGGUUUCGCUACAACCCAGAGUGCAUAUGAAGAGGCUGCCACAAAUGUUUUUAAAUAUUUGGAUAAAAUUGAGAAUAUUUUAGAAGGAAGACAUCAAAAAAAGCAAUCUUAUUUGCUUGGGGACGUGUUAACAGAGGCCGAUAUUCGUCUCUUUACAACCGCAAUUCGUUUUGAUGUCGUUUAUGUGCAGCACUUCAAGUGUAAUAUUGGAAUGAUAAGGUUUAAUUACCCUCAUAUUCACAAAUGGAUGAGAAACUUGUAUUGGAAUCAUGAAGCUUUCCGGAGCACAACCAAGUUUGAUCACAUUAAAUUUCACUAUACGAAAUCACAUCCGGGAAUCAAUCCGCUUGGGAUCACACCGCUUGGUCCACUUCCGAAUAUUCUUCCACUUGAUGGUUAA